CUUUCUAUUGACAUGAUCAACAAGUGGCUGGGUUACUGAUUACAGGUGAUGUUAUAGUUUGUUUGUGAUAAGACUGCUGCUUUAGGCACAAAGUCCUGCCAGGUACAUCGAGCCUGCAGCCACUACACCACAUCCUUCCCAUCCCUCACAGGAACACUGCUGCCCUUCAGGUGCUGUGUUUUCUGCUUCCUUGAGCAUCUGUUGAGCACACAGCAGCAUCAUGAGUGUAGAGUCCAAAAAACCACGUGAGGCUUGUUGCUCCAAGCUCAAGCUCUUUCUGGCCUCCAUGGCCUUUGUAUACUUUUCCAAAGCCUUCUGUGGAGCCUAUAUGAAGAGCUCAAUCACCCAGAUUGAGAGGCGCUUUGAUAUCCCCAGCUCGCUCAUAGGAGUUAUAGAUGGCAGCUUUGAAAUGGGUAACCUGUUGGUAGUAGCCUUUGUGAGCUACUUCGGUGCAAAGCUCCAUCGUCCCAGGCUGAUUGGAAUUGGCUGUUUGAUCAUGACUGUUGGAUCUUAUCUCAUUGCCCUGCCUCAUUUCUUCCAGGGACACUAUAAAUAUGAGACCAGUAUGUCUCAUAGUACAGCUGUCAACAGCAGUGAGAGCAUCCUACCAUGUCUGUCUAACAACACCAUGAUUGAUGCAGAUGAGACACCUGAUCUAGACGCUCAGACAGCUUGUGAAAAAGCAGCUGGCUCUUCAAUGUGGAUCUAUGUAUUCCUUGGAAACAUGCUGCGUGGAAUUGGAGAGACUCCCAUCAUGCCUCUGGGUGUUUCCUACCUGGAUGACUUCUCCAGAGAAGAGAACACUCCUUUCUAUUUGGCCUGUAUUCAUACUGUGGGAAUCCUGGGACCAAUGUUUGGAUUCAUGCUCGGGUCCUACCUUGCCAAGAUCUAUGUGGACGUUGGAUCUGUGGAUUUAGACACCAUCACCAUCACCUAUAAAGACUCUCGCUGGGUAGGAGCCUGGUGGCUGGGCUUCAUAGUGACAGGCACUGUAAUCCUGCUGUCCAGUAUCCCAUUCUGGUUCUUGCCCAAGUCGUUAGCAAAGCAAGGGCAGGAGCAGAGCCAAAGUAAAAGCACCGAGAUCGCCACAGUGCCAGAGCAGGAGAAUUUCCUGCCAGAGGAAAACCCAGAUCAUGAGGAGAAGGAAAAGCCAGUAUCAUUCCAGGAGCUAGCUAAAGAUUUUAUUCCGUCUCUGAGGAGACUUUUCAAGAACAGCAUCUUCACCAUGAUGAUUCUCACUUACCUGGUUGCUGUCAACGGCUUCAUUGGCAUGAUCACCUUCAAGCCGAAGUUUCUGGAGCAGAUCUAUGGCCAAUCUGCCUCAAAAGCCAUUUUCCUCAUAGGAAUACUGAACCUGCCAGCAGUAGCUUUGGGCAUCAUCACCGGAGGUUUUAUAUUGAAGCGAUUCAAGUUGGGUGUCAUUGGAGCAGCCAGGGUGUCAAUUGCUGCCUCUCUUGGGUCCUUUUGUCUGCUCGCGGUUCAGGUCUUCAUCCACUGUGAUAAUACAGAAGUGGGAGGUCUAACUGUCACAUAUGAGGGGGCUACUCAUGUGUCCUAUGACCAACAGACUCUGCUGUCACAGUGCAACAUGGGCUGCUCAUGCUCCAUGAAGCAUUGGGACCCAGUAUGUGCUUAUAACGGAAUAACCUAUGCUUCCCCCUGCCUGGCUGGCUGUCAAACCUCCAGCGGUAUUGGCAAGGAAAUGGUGUUUCAUAACUGUACCUGCGUUGGGGAGAUGAUGACUCCAGGCAUGAAUAUGUCCACAGUCUUGGGCCAGUGUCCAAGGAAGAGCAACUGUGAAAGCAUAUUUAAAAUCUAUAUGCUGUUGUCUGUGGUGGGCUCCUUCAUCUCUGCCUGUGGAGGGACACCAGGAUACAUUGUACUGCUCAGAUCCAUUCAGAAAGAUCUAAAAUCCCUGGCCCUGGGAAUGCAGACACUGAUCGUAAGAACUCUGGGUGGGAUACCUCCUCCAAUAUACUUCGGGGCACUGAUUGACCGAACCUGUUUGAAGUGGGGUACCAAACAGUGUGGAGGCCGUGGAGCAUGUAGACUCUAUGAUGCUAAUGCUUUUAGGAUUACUUUCUUGGGGUUGGUUACUGGACUCUACUUCCUGUCCAAUGCACUGUGGGGAUUCCUCUACGUCAAACUUGUCAAGAGACAUAAGAAGUUAGCACUGAGGAAUCAAGCCAAAGAAAAUGGACAUGAAGGUAACAACACUGGUAAUGGGCACGCCAGCAUCAACAUUUCCAUAACCAAAGAAGAACUGGACAAAGAGAGCACCAUUUAAGGUGUUUGUGGACGGCAACAACUGUUGUAUUAUUCAAACUACAAAGAUAUUUCACUGCCCAAGUAUGCUGCUGCUUCCAUGCUGGACCAAAUAGGUAAUGGUACAGUGUCAGUGGUCUUAAGUCUACGAGCAGUAGGCGAUUCCGGAAUUUUACACAUUUGUUGUAAAACUGUGUGUUCACUUCAAAGGUCAAAUAUCCUUAAUAGAGCUUAGUUUUAACAUGAACAAUAAUGGAAAGAGAUUGAAUGAUAUGCAAUCCAUAUCUGAACAAAAACAUACAAAUGCAUAAACUUAGAGGUCUUUUUUUAGAUUUUUGUAUUUGACGUCAAGAAGGCAUAAGCAGUGCUGAUGUGUGGGCGUGGCUUCUGAGAAAAAACUGUUUCUUUUUGAUGAUGUUCAGAAACAUUUCAGUAAUUUAGAGCAAGCUGUCAAAUACAUCAAAUAACAGGGGAAAGUUGUGUUUACUUGAAUAGCAUUAGGUCAGGUUUUAAUAUAAAUUUCUCAUCCUUCAACUUUGUAUUCAAAGUGAUUGUAUGUGCAGUUUCAAGCGUGUAUACAGUAUUUACAAUAUAUCUUUGUACAGUGUAUAGUCUUUUUUCCAUUCUUUAUUAUUAGCAUUUUAUAAAUUGGACAAACAAAAAUAGGGCAGUAACCCAUACAUCAAAAUGGUCAAUACAUCCACAAAACAGAUAAAAGAUACAAAUGGUAAUCAAACAUGAUAUACGAGACAGUAAGUAAACCACAUAAUACUCUCACACACAUACAGUGUAUAGUUUUUAAGAGUUACCAAAGUCUUUUGGACAAAUCAUGAGGUAUUGUUCACAUGUUUUUCAGUAAUUUAAUUUCCUGAAUAAUGAGGAUGGAGAAGGUUUAACUUGUUGUUUAAGUGUACAACUUAAACUUUCUGAGACAAUAAACCACUUAGAAAACGUGAUAUAAUAUGUAUUGUCCAAAAUGUAGAACUUUAUUUUUAGGACAUUGUAAAUCAGUUUAGAAAAAAGGUUGGACUGUAACAAAACACAAGCCUAAAGAACAGCUGUGGGUUAUUUGAGUUUUUACCAUCUCACAGUCAUUGUCUUCUGGAAUCAAGAUCGUGUUAGGGAUUGCAUUGUUUUCUGGAAAUGUGAAUUCAGUAGAAAAAGUACAGCAAGGCGGGUCAAGGCAAUAAAAGUAGGAAAGGGGGACACCAUUUAAAGGCCCUUGUCUUUUUAGGCUAAAAACUUGAACUCAACUGUACAAGUAAGCCAAGUAACCUUCAUUUUGUUUGUUCACAAUGUGCCACAACAUUUGAUGUAACAAAACCUCACCUGUGUGUCUUGGCACACAUUGCUUGUUACAUCACAUCAUUUUGCUCAAACUGAACUGGUCAUUGACUUUAACGUAAUCCUCAAACUCACCAGUGUUUGUCUUUCAAAGUUCAAUAUAGUUUGGAAAGUGAAUUAAACAAAAGUUUAAGGAAUGUCACUCAGCUUGAUCAUUUUGUAAUUGUUGAUAAAAAAAAAAACGUUUUUUCUAUAAUAACUGUUAUUUGUGAAAAUAUAGAGUUUUAGUUAAAAAAUGUUUUUACUGUGGUCAUACAUGUAUAUGUUUUGAUAAUUCCUGCCAAUCUUUUUUUACACUUUUUUUAUUUUCUCUGAAACAUAUCCAGAAGCAUUAAAGACACAUUUUCACAAUG